GGAGAACAAGCCAAAUUCCCAACAUUACUCUUAUAAUAAAAUGUUGCUCUGCUCGGCAGUUCCAAAAAUACAUAACACAGAACCUUCUUUUAACAAAGAUGAUUCAAAAUAUUCCAUGAACUUUGUGUACAACAUAACAACAAGAUAGUAUUUACAUGUAACUGAUUUAUCAGAAACGGGUUCAGGCGAGAGCGAUGCCAAUAUAAGCGCAGGCGUCGCAACUCUCUAUCAGUGUAAGUGUAACAGAAGUCGAAAACGGUACUAAUCAUGUGGAAGAUUGUGACAUUGUCGGCCUUCCUCAUCGUCGCGCAGGCGGCUGACAUCAAGGACAUCUACGGGGACUGGAUCCAAGCAGCAUUCUACCCAGUUGCUACCUACGUUCCUAUUUGCAUACAUUUCAAUUUCGCUGAGAUUCCAGACGGGCCUCAUUGCACCUACUCCGAUGGAAGCAACGCCACAAUAGUUGGAGUUAGCUCGAUAACUGAUAAAGGAGAACCUCUCCAUCAAGGUCCGAUGGCAAUGUUAGUCGUCAACACUCAAGCCGAGAUAAUGCCAGCCUUGAAUUUGACCGUCACUUGCGCCGGUGUCAAUAUGCGUGAAAGCGGCGUCGUAAGGGUAAUAAACAAGGAUUACUUUAUACUUUACUUUCCAACCCCUGAAUCCAUGAGUUAUACUCUAUCGGAGACGGAGCCAAAUAAUGCGGCUCUCUUCGGAAGGAAAGUGGUGUCUGCAGAAGAUCUGACGAAAGUGAUGCUCAGUAUUGAGGAGUUGAAAGGAAGAAGAGGUGCUCAAAUGUGUGCUACCGAGAAUUAUGGUGGAUUCGAAAAGAAUGAGGCUUAAUUUUAAAUUAUUUAUUUCUUGAAUAAAAAUGUGUGAAUGCAGUAUGGUA